AUGCCAACGUGUAGCACUUGUGGAUCUAUUCGUUCCUCUGAAGAAUUUACACUCAAUGGUUGCAAUUACAAAACUUGUAAUAAAUGUAGAUUCACAAGAACUAAAAAAAAGAAUGAAUCAGUUAAUAGCUCCAAUAUUGAAAAUAAUUACAUCGAAAUAAUUCUUAUACAAGAAGCUAGUCAAUAUAUUAUGAAUACAAUUGAUGACUUAGAAGAUCAUGCUGAACUUUCUCUUGUCUUUCAUAUUCGGUUUGAUGAAGCCAUGAUAACUUAUAUUGUUUAA